AUGAACGUUUUGGGAAUUUUAGUGUUUUUGGGUGCGUUUCGAAGGAUUUUUUGCGACGUUGAAAGUGUUUUUGAAAGGAAUUUGUUGAUUAAUACUCCGAGUGCGGAAGAAAUUUUGUUAAAUCAUGAUAAAUUUUAUCUCGGAGGGGGGAAUCGGACUCAAGUUGGAGUUUUGGGGUUUAUAGAAGAUGAUGAGGCGUUAAAAGGGAUAGAUUUCGCGAAAAAAUUUAAUUAUUUGAGUCCGAUGUGGUUGAAUAUUCAACGAACAGGUUACGGGGAGUACAAAAUUUCGGGAAUUGAGAAAAUUAAUAAGGAAUGGAUUAAAAAGUUGAUUCAAGUUAACCCCCAAAUAAGAAUUAUCCCAAGAAUUUCCUUCAAAAGUUGGGAUAUGAGAGAUUUUUUGAUUUUGGCAUCAUCAGAACAAGAAUGGAUUAGUUUAUCGGAGGAGUUAUUGCAUUUAUGUGAACAUUACCACUUUCAUGGAUUAGUUGUGGAUGUUUUUAAUGAUUGGUAUAAAAGAGUACCUAAUAAUUUAUUAAUUGGAGUCAUUCAAGAAAUUUCGGCGCGAUUAAGAAUGAAUUUAUUCGUCUCAAUCAUCUCAAUUCCAAGGAAAUACACGAAUAUUCACCAUUUAAAUAAAGAUUUAUUUGAGCAAAUCGCAAAUUACGCGAGUAUCAUCACCUUAGCAACUUUUAAUCGAAAAGCAACGUUUAGAAUUGCGAGAUUCAUCAAGAAACUUGACCCCGAGGGGAUAUUUAGGACCAAACUCUUCUUUGGGGUCGAAUUUAACGGUUAUGAAACCACCUUAAAGAAGGAUAAACCAACCUCGAUGAAGAAAAAGAGGAUUUUUUACCCCACUUUGUAUAGUUUAAAUAAAAGGGUUGAAUUGGCGAAUGAAUUAAACGUUGGGAUCUUUAUUUGGAGAGUUGGGGAUGGUUUGGAUUAUUUCUAUGAAUUACUAUGA